UCAUAAAUCUCUGGCCAUUCGAUUCGACGCGAUAAAUAAUAUCCAAGGGGGCCGAGCCCGUUCAACGUUGAUCCCUGUCAACUUGUCGGCUUGACAUAUACGUCAAAGAUGGCUGAUAAUAAAGAACCACCACCGCUAUUUGACAACGUUGAUAUCGAAAAAAACGAGGACAUUGAGGACGACGACGAGGAUAUAUUUGCCUCGGCCAUUCAGGAGCAGAAUCCGUUGAUUGGAAGUAACUCGUACAAUGGAGUGACGAGUGUUCAAGCAGAGCUGCCCAAAUUGACACUUCGAGAUGCUCCAGAGGACACGUCUUAUUCCACUGUCUCCAGUCCCACUCCUGGACCUUUGACUUCUCCUCUUGGAUUUGUACCUAAUGAAAUUGGCGAUCUGCAAGAAGUCCCUAUCAAUGAUAAUCAGAGCUCAGGCGGGACUGGGGGAAAGCAAGUUCAACAGAUGGAGGAAAUUCCAACAGAAACAACAGAUGCGUUCCUACAAAUCACAAUAACUUCCCCUCAAAAAAUUGGGGAAGGAAUGGGAGCUUAUGUGGCUUACAGAGUGGAAACUAAAACAAACAUGCCAAUAUUCAGAAAAAGAAGUUUCAGUGUCACGAGACGUUUCUCAGAUUUCCUCGGACUUCACGACAAGCUAGUAGAAAAGUACCUGAGGAGUGGAAGAAUUAUCCCACCAGCGCCUGAAAAAAGUGUUAUAGGAAUGACAAAAAUAAAAAUGUCGGGAGAUAAAAAUCAGGAGCAGAAUUCCAGCUCAACGGAAUUCAUUGAACGACGCAGAGCUGCACUGGAGAGAUAUCUCAAUAGAACUGCUGCACAUACUGUCUUGUGUUGUGAUCCUGAUUUUAGAGAAUUUUUGGAAGCUGAUAUGGAAUUGCCAAAAGCGACAAGUACUUCAGCCCUCAGUGGUGCUGGUGUGAUGCGCCUGUUCAACAAAGUUGGGGAGACUGUCAACAAAAUAACAUAUAAAAUGGACGAAACUGAUUCGUGGUUCGAGGAGAAAACCUCUCAGAUCGAUUCCCUCGAUACUCAACUACGUGCAUUGCACUCAGCAGUCGAGACAUUAACGAAUCAACGCCGUGAAUUGGCUAAUUGCACUGGAGCAUCUGCCAAAUCAAUUGCUGUUCUCGGUCACGGGGAAGUUGGGGUGUCUUUGGGACGGGCACUGGCACAAUUGGCCGAGACACUCGAAAAAGUUGAAGUUGUCAGGCGUGCACAAGGCAACAGUGAUCUUUAUCAGUUUGGGGAGAUGCUGAGAGAUUAUGUUGCACUCAUUGCUGCCAUCAAGGAGGUUUUCCACGAACGUGUAAAAGUGUUCCAAAACUGGCAGCACGCUCAGAUGAUGCUGAACAAAAAACGUGAACUGAAGGCAAGACUGGAACAAGCUGGACGUAGUGAUAAGACAUCCCAAGCUGCGAACGAGGUGACUGAAUGGGAGGCAAAAGUGGAAAGAGGUCAGUUGGAGUUCGAUAACAUAUCGAAAAUGAUUAAGAAGGAGGUGGAGCGAUUCGAGGUGCUGAGAGUCGAGGAUUUUAAAAAGCAAUUGACAGAAUACCUCGAGGCAAUGCUUCAGCAUCAGAAUCAACUCAUCAAACACUGGGAGAGUUUUCUCCCCGAGGCACGAGCUGUUGCAUAAAAAAUUUUUUAUGAUAAUCAAUUGGUUAUCAAUUAUCACUCCUGUUAUUCCUUCGAAUUUUCUUGAUUUAUUAUCUCUUAAUUCAAUUUUUUAAACUUAUUGAGUCACAGAUCUGUUCUCUAUAAAUAGAUUCGCUCUGAUAAUGAUUCGCGAUGAUUUACGCCCCUGGACAAUGGGUAACUGAUUGAGUCACUGUGGGAAACUCUCUCGGGCAUAAAUACCGAUGUAUAAAUACGUUAUCUUAAUGAUUGAAUUAUUAAAACCUUGGAGAAGAUUUAAAGCGUAUCGAGGUGUGUGUACGUGCGUAUGCAUGUGGGUAUGAAUCAUGUGUCCAUGAAUAUUAUUAAUUGAUAUUGUUAGAAACUUUAUUGGACAAUAAAGCAUUGGAAAGCAAAAGGCGAGUAUCCAUCAUUCAAGUAAGCGAUUAAUUCUUGUUUUUAAUCAGUGAAUACGUCAGUGAGUGUCAGUACUAAAAAAAAAA